GAAGAAGGAGAAGAAGAUAAUGAUAUUGAUAAUAAAUAAUUCCGUAGAAGGGUUUUAGGGUAUAUUCUUUCUCUCUCUAAAAAUGGUACCUUUCUCUCUCUGCCCCUCUUCCUCCUAUCCUCCUCCCCCUUCUUUCAAACUCUACCACAAGUCCCGAUUCACUGUAACCACUCUCUCCGGUCUAUGUGGUCGUAAAAGAAGGUCCGGUUCCAGCUGCCGUCUCGUGGUGCUCUCAACCCACUCCAACCCCAAAAUUCUCAAGUCCAAUCGGAGGUCGCGCUAUGGCCAGCCUCGGUCUCCCUACGACCAAGAUGACGACGAAGAGGUUUCUCGUGCUAGUGAUGUGUCGGAUGACGAUUGGUUGCUCAAUGAUGACUUUGCAGAAAUUUCAGAGUUUGAUGUUAAUAGAAAGAGGUCCAAAUCACACAAGGGAUUUGCGAAUGGUCAUUCAGAUGGCAGAAACAGUAAGCACACUCUAGAGAAAAGUAAUGCAGCAAACUACUACAAUAGUUCUAAUCAAACAAAUGAUGUCAGUUCCUUGGAUGUACCUCGCAAGGGAAAGCUGUCUACAAGGAAAGCUAUGGAGGAUAGAUUUCCUCGGCUAUCAGAAGAGGUUGAAUUGGAUGAGAAGUGGUUACCUCUUAUUGAUUACCUUAGCUCAUUUGGGCUUAAGGAAUCACACUUUAUUCAAAUGUAUGAGAGGCAUAUGCCUUCUCUUCAAAUAAAUGUGUGCUCUGCAAAGGAAAGGUUGGAAUAUUUGUUGAGUGUUGGGGUCAAACAAAGAGAUGUAAGAAGAAUGCUUUUGAGGCAGCCACAAAUCCUUGAAUAUACAGUUGAGAACAAUUUGAAGUCCCAUGUUGCUUUCCUUAUGAGUUUGGGUAUUCCAAGUUCCAGAGUCGGGCAGAUUAUCGCUGCUGCUCCAUCCCUCUUCUCUUACAGUGUUGAGAAUUCAUUGAAACCCACCGUGAGAUACUUAGUUGAGGAGGUCGGGAUUAAGGAAAAAGAUUUAGGUAAAGUUGUGCAGUUAAGCCCUCAAAUUCUAGUUCAGCGGAUUGAUAUAUCAUGGAAUACUCGUUUGAAUUUUCUUUCUAAGGAGAUAGGAGCACCCAGAGAUAGUAUUGUGAAGAUGGUUAAAAAACAUCCCCAGUUCCUCCACUAUAGCAUCGAUGAUGGACUGCUCCCCAGGAUCAAUUUCCUUAGGAGUAUUGGGAUGUGUAAUGCUGACAUCUUGAAAGUCUUAACUAGUCUGACACAGGUACUAUCCCUAUCACUGGAGGAGAAUUUGAAACCCAAGUACAAGUACUUGGUCAAUGAACUUCAUAAUGAAGUGCAUUCCUUGACCAAAUAUCCUAUGUACCUAAGCUUGUCUUUAGACCAGAGAAUUCGCCCCCGACAUAGGUUCUUGCUUUCUCUGAAGAGAGCUCCUAAGGGGCCAUUUCCUUUAAGUUCAUUGGUCCCCACUGAUGAAUGCUUCUGCCAGCAGUGGGCUGGAACUAGCUUAGAUAAAUAUCUGGAUUUCCGGCAGAGAUUACUGCUCAAGGAGUUUGCCAAAAAAUAUGAAAGAAAGGGAUAGCAUCUUCUCCAAAAGGAUGCCCGAGGUUACUGACACAAGUGUUUGAUGAGCAGAGCAGCCUCCCUUUGCAACUUCGUCUGCGAAUGAAUUUCAAUGUAUGCCACUGUUAACAAUAACCUCCAUGAAGUUCAGAGUUUCUGGUUAUUAUAAACCUGGAGUAAGCAAGUUUCCAGGUUGUUGACAGUUUCCCGUUGGGAUGGUUAGUUUGUUUCUCAUGUAGGGUAUAUAGGUGGUACCUCACUCCACUCCAGUGCUAUUAGUUGUUCAUACAGGAGCAGCUCCAGUUUUGUAUACAACGUUACAUUCUCAGGUCAAGGCAUCUAGAUGAGUAUUAUUUUUGAGGUUCUAACUGCUUGUGACCGAAAAGACAAUAGACGACACGACAAUCUAUGCUUUAAGGUUAGUAGUGUAUUUGCAUCUUCUCAACUCUCAAGUGGACAAACGAGAAGCUUUACUAACUGCGGUUUAUUUAAAACAGGAGCGUUCGUUCUUCUACUGUAUGCGUUCUAAGUCGG